UUGGUACGGCGAUGGCUUCUGCAUUGCGACGAGGACUAUAUGUAUGCCAUCCCAUCCCUCUUUGUGAACGUUUAUUAUCGCGGUCACGCGCAUCUUCAUCGCGCCCAUUGUCCACCCUUGUGAGACUCCAGCCGCAUCCAGACUCUCACUUCCCCUCGUCACCAUCACAACCCCGCAACGCUCGUACAGCACCAGCACCAUGGCGCCUUACAACGACGUCGAGGCCUUCCACGAGGUCCUCCGCUCUAGCAAACGUAUCCUCGCCCUCUGCGGCGCUGGUCUUUCUGCCUCCUCCGGCCUGCCUACUUUCCGCGGCGCCGGUGGCCUCUGGCGCAAUUAUGAGGCCACGCAACUCGCCACCAUGAGCGCCUUUCGCACCGACCCGGGCCUCGUCUGGCUGUUCUAUGGUUACCGUCGCCACAUGUGCCUGAGAGCUGAGCCCAAUGCUGCCCACCAUGCGCUCGCUGCUCUGGCCCGUGAGAACAAGGAAUUCCUAUGCCUGACGCAAAAUGUUGAUAACCUUUCGCAACGGGCAGACCACCCACCGGAGCAACUGCGCACCCUCCACGGCUCCCUGUUCGACAUCAAGUGUUCCAAUAACGCCUGCGACUGGAUUCAAAAUGACAAUUACGAUGACCCGUUCUGCCCGGCUCUCGCCCCCGCCUCCGUGGACAUGCCUCCGGGAGAGAAGCUCCCGCUGCUGGACCCUUACCACCGGAUUAAGCACGUCUCCGAGGAGGAUAUCCCCAAGUGCCCUUCGUGCAAUGAGGGGCUUCAGCGACCUGGCGUGGUGUGGUUUGGUGAGGAUUUGGACGGAACGGUAAUGGCUGAGAUAGACAAUUUUAUGAGGGCGGGGAAGCUGGACUUGAUGUUCGUCAUUGGCACGUCGGCGCAGGUCUGGCCAGCAGCAGGCUACAUCUCGCGGGCCAAGGCGCUUGGGGCUCGCAUCGUAACCGUCAACCCCGACGCGGAAAACGAAGACGAGAUGUUCAAGGUGAAGCCUGGCGACUUUGCCUUUGGAAAGGACGCUGCUGAAUACAUGCCGCUGCUGCUGGAGCCCGUUAUCGGGAAGCUUCCGGAGGGCGGGAAGAAGCUAGACAAAGACAAUUAAGUGUCCCAAUUGUGAGUUUAGUGGGGUCGAGAGCGCUGGGGGUUUCCUCUUCAGAAUUGUAGUUUGUAGCAAGUGCAAAGGGAUGGCAUCUUGAUUUCGGUCACGCUCUACUAUCAGAUCAUGUACGCGGUUGAGAUGGCCAAUUAGAGCUUAGGAUGCUCCGAGGUGGCCGCAACGGAUAGGUUAGCCCACGGAAUCAAAGUUGUCGUCCUGGUCGACGACUGGCUCUCCAACUCCAGGCGGUAAGAUCAUGGCAUGGCUAGGUUUUGGCGUGUUUCGGCGGAUAUUGCCCUGGCGGGA